AUGCCUCCAAAGUCACUUGUAGACGUCCUGAUCAUUGGAGCUGGUCCAGCCGGUAUAUCUUGCGCCGCCGCUCUUGCGCGUCUUCACCAUACCGCCAUCGUAUUUUCCAGCAACAAAUUCCGAAACGAAAAGUCUGAGCACAUGCACACAGUUUCUACAUGGGAUCAUCGAGAUCCUUCAGAGUUCCGCGCUGCUUCUCGAGAGGAUAUUCUGGCCAGGUACAAUACCAUAUGUUUUGAAGAUGUGGGUAUUCAAACUAUUGAGAGAUAUCAUGGUCGCCAGGCACUUCGAUUGUCUGAAACCGUCACAAUCUAUACGCACCGAAACGAGGCCUUAGCUGAAGAAAUAGAGGCUGCGAAAAUCGCGUCAAAUCCAGAUGUCAACUCCAAAUGUCGCAGUAAAAUCGAAAUUUGCAAUUAUUCGAUUCAGAAAUUCAUCCCAAAUGAUGAUCCAUCAUCUGGUCCCACUGUUUUUUUGGACAAAAGUGACGGAGCGGGGUUGGGAGAUCAUACACACGCAUUUCUGCUUCAUAAACCAGUAACCGAGCAGGCCAAUAAUCUCGCUCGUCAACUCGGGAUCGAAUUAACCGAGCAAGGAGAUAUUAAGGUCACAGCACCUUUCAACGAGACAAGUGUAAGAGGGGUUUUUGCAACUGGAGAUUGCGCUUCGAUGUUAAAAAACGUUGUGGGUGCGAUGUAUAGCGGGACUUGCGCUGGUGCUGGUGUUGGUUCUCAGAUUCAAGGGGAAGAUUAA